AUGGGGGUAAAGUAUGAUGGAUCGCCCCAACAGUUGGGCUUUUUCCUAACCCGCAUCCUGAGCUAUAUGCACGAAUAUGGGUGGGACAUCCCCGGGGACCGUGGGCGCGUCAGGAUCAUAACCCUGGCCCUGGAAGUGCGGCUACUCGGUGGAUGGUAUAACGUUGAUGCUCCCGAGCUCCAGAAUUUUAACCUGUUCAUGGCAGCCCUGAGAAGGAGUGCUUACACAGAGCCUUACAAGGUGUGCCCCAUCUCCGUAAUUCCUAUUGAAGAUGUCACAUCUGACGAGGAACAGAAAAGUUCAGAAGAUGAAGACAGCAAUCAAGGAGAUUCCAAUAUCAUCCAGAAGGUAGGAGUGUCUAUAGAGGGAAGUGUCAAUAGCAUCAAGAAAUCAGGUGGAAGUGAGCAAUUGAAGCCCCACUCCUUUUUAAUGUGUGUCAUGUACAAUGCUUACACAGAGCCUUACAAGGUGUGCCCCAUCUCCGUAAUUCCUAUUGAAGAUGUCACAUCUGACGAGGAACAGAAAAGUUCAGAAGAUGAAGACAGCAAUCAAGGAGAUUCCAAUAUCAUCCAGAAGAAAGAAGGGCAAUCCAGAGCUCAACUUGUCGCCCAGGAGCUUGUGUCGUCAGAAAAAGUGUAUGUGGAAAUGCUCCAGCUGUUACAUACGAAUUUCCAUGAAGCUGUCUUAAAAGUGCUGGGAGAUGAGUAUGACAGUGAUCACGAAGAAACAAAACUCAAGGAAGGACUGAAAGAAAUCCCAGAAAUCUAUAAUCUACACCAAGAAAUACUAGGAGAACUGGAAGAAAAAGUUCUUAACUGGGAAGAACACCAGAAAGUGGCUGAUAUUUUCCUCUCCAGAGAAUCAGGAUUUAAUCACCACACAACUUACAUCAUGCAGUUUGAUAGGAAUUUGGCUUUGCUGGAUGAUGUUCGCCUUAAAUCCUCCCAGCUGGAUGCUAUCAUUAAAGAGUUUGAGCAGGUUCGUGAUGGCAGUCCCUUGAAUGUGAAACACCAGCUCUUGAAAGUGGUGCAGCGCAUAUUCCAGUACCAUAUGCUACUUACAGAUUACUUGAAUAAUCUCUGCCCUGAUUCUGCUGAAUAUGAAGAUACACAAGGGGCCUUGCUUAUCAUAUCAGAACUUACAGAUAGAGCCAAUGAUAGCAUACAACAAGGGGAAAAUUUGCAGAAAUUGGUACAUAUAGAGCACAGUGUCAAGGGACAGAGCAACCUUCUACAACCAGGAAGAAUAUUUCUUAAAGAAGGGACGUUAAUGAAAGUGUCUGGGAAAAAUAGGCAUCCUCGACAUUUAUUCUUGAUGAAUGAUGUCCUGCUAUAUACAUAUCCUCAGAAGGAUGGCAAAUAUCGCCUUAAAAACACAUUGGCUGUAUCUGGCAUGAAGGUUAGCCGUCCAGCAACAAAAAAGGCUCAGAAUGUUCUGAAGAUUGAAUAUGCUGAAAAUUCCCUAACCCUAUCUGCAAGCUCAUGCUCCGAAAGGGAUGAGUGGUACAGCUGCAUCAGCAGAAGCAUCCCAGAAGACUAUGGGGCUCACAGCGGAGGUGGUUUUCACAACAGUGUUGAACUUAGGGAAAGGCUGGGAAUGUCUUUGGGUGAGAGGCCACCAACUUUGGUACCUGUGUCUCACGUCAUGAUGUGUAUGAGCUGCGGUUGUGACUUUAAACUCACGCUGAGGCGUCAUCAUUGCCAUGCAUGCGGGAAGAUUAUAUGCCGAAAUUGUUCAAGAAACAAGUAUCCUCUGAAGUACCUCAAAGACCGACUAGCAAAAGUUUGUGAUGGCUGCUAUACAGAACUGAAAAGCAGAGAGCGGCCGAUCAGCAUAAGCUUCCCUACAAGUUCAUCCAGGUUUUCAGGCAGUGCCUUCUCUUCUGUGUUCCACAAUAUCCACUACUCUUCCUUCAAAAGACAAAAGAAAAUUCCUUCAGCUCUUUUAGAGGUGGCAGCUUCAGGAGAAGGCUCUUCUAUCAAUGGGUAUCUCAGCAGAUGCAAGAGAGGGAAAAGGCACUGGAAAAAGUUGUGGUUUGUUAUCAAAGGAAAAGUGCUCUACACAUACACAGCAAAUGAAGACAAAGUCGCCACUGAGAGUUUGCCUUUGCUGGGUUUCACAAUUGUCCCAGAAAAGGAAGAUCGAAAUAUGGAUGCAGUUUUCCAUCUUUACCACAAGCAAACUCUGUUUUAUAGCUUCCGAGCAGAGGAUAAUAAUUCAGCACAGAGAUGGAUUGAAGCCAUGGAGGAAGCAUCUAUAUUAUAGCAUCAUCCAAGUGGAUUCUGAAUUAAUGCAUUUCUAUUUGCAAGAUUACCCAUAUAUUGGAAAGAACAAUACAUAUAAUCGAAAUCUGGCUAAACAUAUGAAAAAGAAUAUGUAGAAGCCUAUAAUUUUCCAUCCUUAAACCAAUCUCCUUGCUGAUGGAAACAAAAUAAAGGGAAUAUUUAUGGACCCUUUUUAUCUUUGCAGGUUCAUCACUAAACUGGGCUCUCAUCUAACAGUUGUAUCAUAUUUUCAAGAAGUUAAACAACAUAUGCAUUUCUUCUAAAAGAGUUGUUUACUCAUAACUCUGUUUUAUUUUAACAUAACAACAAUUUGAUUUGUGCCAGUCAUAAAACUGAGGGGUUUUUUUAGAUUAAAAUUUUGUUUCCUUUCUUCUUUCCUAAAAAAGGUUUAUACUGGCAUGCAGUUAAAAAUGCUAGAAUGAAAGGACAUACAUAAUUUCUACCAUAGAAAGUAUGUGAAAAUUCAUUCCAAGCUGGCAUUUUAGUGGUUAUAGACCACCUAUGGUAAUUGUAUAGUAUUUCUCAUAAACAGUGCUAACAGCUUAGCUUUGUUCAUUAGGGCUCUUAAUCUGUUCCAAGUUCCAAUCCUGUUCUUAUGAAAACUGUACCAAUUUCUACUCCAAAGGAUAUUAAAACAUUAAUUUAUUAUAAGCCUUUACAGUUUGUUUAAAAUUGAUUGAUCUAAAUUAUAUUAUUUUAAUAGCUGAGAGGAGCAGAUCUUAUUUAUAAAUCUUAUUCCUAAAAUAUAAUUCUAAACUCAAAACAGGCAUCAGCAUUUAACUUCAGAAAGGAAGAGCAUUUAAUUAUAUUUAUUCAGUAAACUAGAAAAGCUCUGGAAAGCCUUGUCUAAAUCUUUAUUUUCAACAAUUAUAGGAUGUCAUUCAGUUGGACCAACCAAUAUUGUUAAUGCUGUUAUGCUAUUAUCAGCUCAAAAAUGAUAGUUCAGAUUCCAUUGUAUUUAGCCAGCUGAUCAAAUGCAAGCAUACUAUAGUUGUUGCUAUAACUACUUCCUCUGAUAAAGUACAUGGAUGGUGUUUGGCAAUAGCCAUAAGCACCUCAUGACUGCUUUUAUACAACAUGUUUAACCAGGUCAGUUAAAGUCUUAACAGCUGCAUUUGUACAAAAUGCUGAAUUAGUGUUAGCCUUGAUUUGCUUUUGCAUGGCUAAACUAACUCAGAUAGUUAGUUUCCAGUCCACUGUAUCUCACAAACCGGAACAUGAGUUAGUUAAUGCAUUAACAAGGUUAUGAUAUUCUAUGACACAAGACAUAUUAUGUUCCAGGGAGUACAAGUAAUCAAGGUCUUUAAAGUUUUGCUGUCAUUAAAUCUUAUAUUCAUAGCCUAAAGGCCAGGUUUUAAAUAUAAUGGAGUUGUGCAAAGCAUU